AUGCUUGGUCCUGCGGUCACAGCUGUGGUCAUUCUCAUGGCUGACCACAUCUUGGAGACAGUCCGUGAGACCGGGCUACUGCCUCCACAGAUCGAGCAGCUACCUGCUGAGUGGGUGGAAGAGCUCAUGACGGCAUCUGCAGAUUCGAGAAUGCAUCAGGAGAAUCGUGUGAAACGUGUGAAAGAGGAGCGCUCCUCGCCAGCUCUGCCGAUGCCAGGAUUGCCGGGUGAUGAUGCCAGAGAGAGUGAUGCUGAAGAUGGUCCGCAAACACCUGUUCGCAAGUGCAGGAGGACAGCGUGGGAGACGGCGACAGGAAGCUCCCCAGACUUGACGCCGGAGCCCAAGGGCAAGCGCCCCAGCAGGCUGGCGAAGUCGGCUGCCAAAGCAAAGGCAGCCUGCAAGCAAAAGGCGAAGACCACAAAGCAAUUGGUAAAGGAGGGUGACACCAUUGCCAAGGAACAUGACCUCACCAAUGCAUUCUUCCAGAGCGAGCAUUAUCAAAACGGGUGUCCUCCUCCGCAAGGACAUUGGCAUGCGUUCCUGCAAGCCCUGUCUGAUACGAGCAGGUCCCUAGUCUGCAACGUCUGCAGCCGCCUGCGCCAGCAAUGCCUUGAAGGUGCCACCGAGGAAGCUUGUGCAUCUGCCACUUCAGCAGCGUCUGCAGUUGCAGAGAACAAGACGGCCCAGGAGGCAGCCGUCGUACCUUACAAGCCCCCGGCAAGACCCAUGCCCAAGGGUAGGCCACGGAAAGAUGAGGCAGCAGGUAGUCGCUUUGACCUUCGUGCGUAUCUAAAGGAGCACCGCAGGGAUGUUUAUUCUGAAACAGCGAAGUCCUGGGGUCCAGAGGUACAGUACUAUUGCAGGAGCUGCAAGCGUGACAUUAAGUUCUGUCGAACCACUGAUUUGGAGAAGUUGUUGAAGCAUGAGCGGGCGCACAAACACCGUUUAGGGCUGGUUGCUCUUGGCUUGGGUGAGGCAGUGGCUGCUGCAACGUCAGAGGCGCAAUCAGCGCAAUCUCAGUUGGUGGAGGCCGAGAGGCCAGGUCGCUGCCAUGGCGUCAGCGUCACCGACCCUUUGAGCCAUUUGUAUCCAAUGGCAGACUCCUUCAAGGACUUCUUCGCUGCUGGAAUGCCGAGAACCGUCUACGCGCCCAACGAGAGCGACCCGCUGGCGAAUGUGACCUUUGAGAUCAGUGACCAUGGUAAUGCAGUCCGAGCCCGGAAUUGCGAAGGCAAAUGUGAAGCCAGGGAUGUAGCUUGCUCAGCUUGCGUUCGGGCUACCAAAUCCAAGCUCUUCAAAAUAGCGGUAGCUCAGAAGGCAUUCGAUAUGAGCCUCUGCGUGCUCUGCUGGAAAGCCUUGAAUGAAACAGCUGAUGCGACGGAGUCUUACAAACAGCACGUUCGGUCCCGUGACUUCAUGAUCCUGGGUCUCGCUGGCAGCAACUUCGAAAGCUAUGCCGAAGUGAAGUCUCCCUUGGAACUCGCCCGCAAAGUCAGGAGCAGGUUCGACUGCACACCUCUGUGGAGGCUCAGCGAAUCGUGGAAGUCUUAUCUGGACUCAAGGCUACCUUCGGCGUCGCUGUUCUGCGACUCCGACGCCGAAGCCACGGCGCACAAUGCCUUGACCUCAGCGCUGAGCACAGCCGUUCUCGAAGGGCGCGCAAAGGAGUUGGAUUUGCGCCUGGCAGCCCGUGUAGCUGCUGGUGGGCUUCGUGGGGAGGCCUUGGUGCAGGGGCUUGUGACCACUUUUCUGUUGCAGAGCAAGCAGGUGUUGGAGCGCCCGAACUCUUCCCGCCACAUGAGCGACCUACAGGGGGCUGCAGAAGCUUUCCAGGUUCUAGGAAAGAGCAAAGAGUGGGAUGGACUCUUGAGGCUCUUUCGCCUGAACCCUCGAGCGUUGCCAAAACUCUGCUUGGACGCGCCUGUCUUUCCUGCUGCGUUUGGAAGCCUCUCAUCCGAUACACAGCUUAAGGACAGCUUUAAUAGGGCCGCUUCCAUACUGCGGUGUGUCAACAGAAGACUCCACCUGAUGGUGGACGAAACGGUGUGGUCCCCGGGGGUCGAACAGGUGCGUCACAUGAGACAGCAGACCGACUUUCUUGUUGGCGGGUUGUGGCAUAGACAUCCAUCAGAGACGUAUCACAUGGUGGAGGCGGAGAAAUUGGGAGGUGGCGUGGGCCACGUCCCCAUGGACAAACUGGCAAAGCUCACGCUUCACUUUUGUCUGCAGCGGCCCGAUUCCCGAGAGUAUGUGGUGGACAGCUGUACGCUGCCUCGUGCCCACGGGGGUAGCAGUGCUGAAGAGAUGCUGCAGUUGCUGGCUGAUUAUCUUGAGGUUGUCACAGACGCUGCCAGUGGGGCGCCCCCGCAAUCGGUGGCAUUUGAUGGUGCCACCCUCAAUAGCCAGAUCAACGCAGCCUUCGCCGGAAUGGUCCAUGUGGACACGCUGCAGACCUUGCCAUGGUUCAAGCGCUGCGAGGUCCUGCGCAUGACCAGAUGCAAGAAUUGGCCAUACAGCUACUUGCUGUACCACUCAGUGCCCAAAGCCGAGGGGUUUCAGGUCUGCGCUUUCAACGGAGGCUACCACGUGCAGAAGCGUCUUAGCCUGCAGUUCCUGGGGUGCACGCGCAAGGUGAUGUUUGGGGCGCUAUGGGUUGAGUGCUCAACAUUACUGGGGCAUGGCAUACCUCACAAAACGUAUGCCGGUGCGGAUAUCAUGUCUGAUCGUGCUGCAGUUCAGCGCCUGAGCCAACCUUAUGUGCAACGCAGCUGCUUUUCGCUGGGAUUGCACGUUGCUGCAUUUCUGGCUGCCCUUCAAGCGUCGUACACCACUGCGAGCAGGGCUUUGGACAAGCGACAGCAGUGCUUCAACGGCUUUACAAUUUUUUAUUGCAUGGCUCUUCAUGUCUCCCUCAACCAACACAAGCACGGCACUCUUUGGCAGGGAUACACGUUGUCGGGGCAAACGGUGAAGAAUAUCUGUCUGCUAGCUGCCCACGCUGUCCACAGUACGCUCACUGGCAUAGAGCCGGUGCUGGCGCAAGAGUUGGGAAUCGAAAGUUAUUUCAGCCGUCUCGAGGGGCACCAUCCAUCAAGGACUGCGUGCAAGGCACUGCGCGCGUGGUCCUGCAACAGAUGCGCAAGCUGCAGGGGCUGA